CCGGACCUUGCCCGCUCCGUGCCCGCUCCGUGCCCGCCCUGCCGAGAAGGGCGCUCCGCUCACCAUGCGCCGGCCCCGACGGGGCUCGCUCUGGCUCGCCGCGCCGCUGCUGCUGCUCUCGGCAGCCCCUUGGGAAGCCAGUGCUGUCACCCUGGGGAAGAGGGACAGCUUGGAUUCCUUGGAUCUAGGCUGGGGAAGGGAAGAUGAUUACUACAGGAAAAGCGAUGGUCUCUAUUGCAAGAAGUGCCCUGCAGGCACCUACCUUACCAAGGAGUGUGAGGAGCAGAGAGGCUCCAGCACGUGUGAGCCCUGUGGACUCGGGGAAUACAUGGAAUAUCCAAACGCCCUCCUGUCCUGCCAGGAGUGCUCCAAGUGCAAGGAAGAUCAGGUGGAGCUGAGUCCCUGCCAGCCCCAGAGGAACACGGUGUGUGCCUGCAGCAACGGCACCUUCUGCCCCCCGGAGCACCCCUGUGAGAUGUGCCAGAAGUGCCAGCCCAGGUGUCCCAAGGGCCAAGUGAUGCUGAAACCCUGCACACCCUACAGUGACCUCCAGUGUGGUCCUUACACGGCCGCCUUCCCCUCCUACCUCAAGGCCCUCACAGGGAUUGUUGCGAUAGCUGUGAUCGUGACUGGGAUUGCUGUCUGCUGCUGGAAAUGCCGCUGCAGCUCCCCAGGGGAUGGGAGACCCUCGUGCAAGAAUCCCUUAGAAACUGUGAAGAUGCUGUGGUGCAAGACAGAGAACGUGGGCACAGAGGACAACAACGCCAACACGGAGACAGAGAGGGACAGGGCAGCAGAGAGACAGGAGAUGCUGCCAAGUAGGAGUGAGAGACCCUGGAGGACUCUGGUUCCAGCACCAGAGACUGAACCCAGUCAAGUGCUGAAGAGCUACUUUUACACCUUUGGGAGGAAAGUGCCCAGAGAUGACUGGAAGAGAUUCGGCCACAGCCUGAACCUGGAGGACAACGACAUCACCACGGGCAAGACCCUGGAUGAUUUCUACGACAUGAUGCGCAGGUGGCAGAACAGGGAGGGCUCCAAGGCCUCUGUGAACACCCUGCUGGACACCCUGGAGCGCCUCAGCCUCGGGGGGGUGGCAGAGGACAUCUGUGACACGCUGGUGCGGGAGGGACGUUUUCAGUACGAAACGAGCUGAAGGAGCAGGGCACACGCCCUGCAGAUGUGAAAAACUCAGAACAGCUCGAUUGGAGCUGUUCGUAGCUGUCCUGUGCCUCUGCUUUUGAAGCCAUCAUGAGUUCAGCUGAGCCAGGAGGAGCUGAUCCUCAUGUGAAGCACAAGCCUCAGGCUCCUCUCUCUGGAGUUACAGGUUCAAUGUUGGUUCUUCCUCGUGCAAUCCAAGCUGGUUUCUUGACUUCACUGGGUCAACACCAAGAGAUUCAAAUAAUUUCAAUCUGCCUUGGACCAUCUCGGAAGCAUUGGUACUACCCAGAUUUCUUUGAGAUCUGUGCAGAGAAGGGGUUUUGGCAUCCCUGUGCUUUUGAACUGGAUCAUCCUUGAUUCACAAAGGAUUCCUGGCAUCAUGAACUGGCUUCUGCUUCUAGAACAUCUCUAAGUAAGCUUCAUUCUGCAUGCUUGGUGGUUCUGCAAGCACAGCUGGGAUCUCGGGCUCUUUUUUGUGACCUAAAUUUUUAGGUUUUCUUUUUUUGUUUGUUUGUUUUUGUUUUUUGUUUACAUGGUUCUGCUUGUUCUUAGGAGCCAGUUUAAAACUGCCCUUGGAGGGGACAGCGGGGAAUGAUUGAUUUUGCACUACGGACACUGGGGUUGCCUGGGGAAAGGGACAAUGCAGGGGUCACCCAGCCCAGCCCCCUGCCAGGAUCAGGGACACCUUCCUCUCCAUGAGGUUUCUCCAAGCCCCAUCCAGCCUGACCUUGAAUGUUUGCCAGGAUGGAGCAGCUUAUCUGGGCAGCCUUUCCGCCAGUGUUUACCCACCUUCAUUAUGAAGUACUUUUUUGUUAAAUCUAACAUAAUGUGAAUUUCAUUUGGUUAAAGCUAUUCCUGUGUCCUGGUACUGGAAGGGCCUUGAAGGUGUCCCAGAGCCUUCUCUUCUCCAGGCUGGACAAUCCCAGCUCUCCCAGCCUGGCUCCAGAGGGGUUCCAGGCCUCGGACCAGCUCCGUGGCCUCCUCUGGAUUUGCUCCAGGAUUGCACAUCCUUGUGGAGGCCCCAGAGCUGCAGGCGGGGUGGGAGGAGAGGGGAGAAUGCCCUCGUGGCCCUGCUGGGCCCAGGUGAGCCCCGUGGCUGUGGGGUGGCUCUGCUGUCCCUCAGCGUGCAGGGGUGAAUGCACAGCGUGUGAGCGUGGCCAUGGUACCUCCUGCCCGUCCCAGGGCAACUUCUCAAGCACUGCACCUCACACAGAGCUCAGGGACAACCUAGCUGGGAAAACUACUGUUUUACUUGAGCUGCCACCCCAGUCCAGCCCAGUACAUCACCAGUGUGGUGCGAGGGUCCUGAGCACCCUUCAUGCUGCUCCCAUUCCCCCACCCUCCAAUAAGACAAGCAGAACUUUUGUACGUAUUUAUUUAGUAACUGUAAACUUUACAUAUAUUAACUUAAAAGCUUUAUAAAAAUAUUGUUUUUAUGCAUGGUUGUGUGUUUUUUACAGAGCUCUGGCCCAGCCAGUUGCUUGUCCAGUGUUUUACGUUUCUGUUUAUGAAGGUUUACUUAAAAAAAAAAAAAUU